AUGCCCGGGAAACGAAAGAGAGUUGGCAUCAUAAGCUCUGAUGCAAUAUCAUCAGGCUCUCAGCAAAGUGCACCAAUUAGCGCCGCAGCAGCCGCGAGAUCAAAGGCGCACAUUCAAACCUGUGUUGAUAUUUCUCGAGAUGAAUCGCCAAAUAGGUCCAACUCCACAUCAAUGGAUGCUGCCAAUGAUGACUACGAGGAUUCUGAACAAAAUGCUUAUAUGAACAUCGAGGAUGCUCCUACCACGAACCGGCAGCUCUCCACUUGGAGAUACUCCAAAGAAACAGUCCUGUCCGAAUCUGAAGCUCAAGUUACAGUCAUACUCGAGAAAGCAUCGACUAUCUCCCUAAUAGGCUGUUUCUAUCUCAUGGUGCUGAAAGGUGCCAUCAAUGUCAAUGGUGCUAAUGUUUCUGCAAAUCCACGUAAGCGGGAAAAGGGCACAUCGUAUCAUGUCUUCGUCCCGUCAACACAUCCAAUUACCGCCAUUCGAGGGCUAGACAGGUGUAAUGAGAUUCAAUUUCAACAUUGCCCCGCGACGGCUCCCUUUUCUAGCAUCUGCCCGCUCUUCUCCAAUAUCUGGAAUGCAUCAUCGAAGGGACCUGUCGACAGGUCAUUUACUCUCAUCCGCGAAUCGAACGAUGACCUUCUUAAGCGAUCUAUUUUCCCUGCAAUCAUUCCCGAUGGCUGGACCAGCCGAAUCGAGAACUGCACUGAACCCUCUGCAACGACCAUGAUCAUCGGGCCAUCCUCCUCUGGAAAAUCCGCAUUUGCUAAGCAACUCCUUAACAGAUAUCUCACCGGAUUCGGCAAAAGAAGUCAGGCACUCUCUUCUGUUUUCUACCUGGAUCUGGACCCCAGUAAACCCGAAUUCACCCCUCACGGCCAGAUAUCGCUCGUCCAUGUAAGAGAAGUUAAUCUUGGCCCUUCGUUUACCCACCCGGCUCCCAUUCCUGGAUCAAGCUCGGAUGCUAUGAAUGAGCUUGUACGUGCGCAUCCACUCCCGAUCAGAGGCUAUUUGGGGGACCAAGAACAUUUUCUCGCUUGUUUCGAGGAUCUUUUCCAGACAUAUGUAAACCUUCGGCAACAGACUCCUUUCGCUCCUUUGGUGAUCGACACACUCGGAUUGGAUUUAACAUCGAACAAGGACCUUCUGCUUAAAAUAAUAGCACGCAUCAGACUCCGAUAUCUAAUCUACGUCGAAAGUCCCUUCUUCAUAGCCGAAAAUACCUCGAAUGAAUUCAAGGAGUUGAGCACUGUAGCAACUCAGAAGGGAACCACUCUCUUGUCUGUCGAACCCCUAAAGCUGCUCGACGCGCCAACACGCACAAACUCUGAGAUAAGAAGCAUGCAAAUGCUCUCCUACUUCCACUGCAACGGCUUCACAAACUCAUCAUCUCCGCAACGCACUUACUCGUCCAAGCCUUGCUCUUUCAUGAAACCCUGGGAUUUUUGCUAUGAAGAAACAGCCACUUCCCGCCAAGGCUUCAUUGGCUUCCUCACGCUAUGCGAAUGGAUCCCGCCUUCCGAACUCUUGACCGCACUAAACGGCUCCCUCAUCCAGAUCGUGGAGACUGAGGAUCCAAACAUCCAGAAAGCCUUCCACAAUCUCCCUCGAACAGGUAAAUUCCGCAUUCCGUACUUCAACAAGAGCAAAAACGGUUCCGUCGAGCCACCCGACCCUAGGACGUCUCGAUUAGUCUGUACAGCGCUGAUCAGAGGCUUUGAUCCUGAGAGAAGGGUAGCACAGGUCUUGGUUCCCAAGACCCAUGAGGUGCUGAUGUAUGGGCUAAAGCCUGAGAAGACCAUUUUCGUGUUCGGGUGCUGCGAGUUUCCAGAAUGGGCGUAUAUGGAAGAUGCGUACUACGAUCUCUGGCAGCAAGGAGGGGAAAAUGCUGAGAAUGUUGAUGUUGGGAAAAUUGGCAUAGAUUUGCCACCGUGGGUGGCAACCGCACAGAAAAUAGAAGCGCUGGGAAGUUUAAAUACGGUGAGAAGAGUAAGGAAGUUUCACCAAUGA